ACGGAAACUCGAAGUGAAGUUCAACAAGCCGAUCUAUGUGGGUAGGUGCAUCCUCGACAUAUCAAAGGUUUGCUUGUAUGAAUUUCACCACAAGUACAUGUCUCCUUCAUAUUGAGAAAAAUGUAAAAUUAUGUACACCGACACCGACAGUCUAAUUUACCACAUAGAAUGCGAAGACAUUUGUGAGCACAUAAAACGCGAUAUUCAUAAAUUCGAUACGAGUGAUUAUCUUGCUGACAACGAGUACAAUAUACCGCUUGUAAAUAAGAAGGUUCCGGGCCUGAUGAAAGAUGAAAAUAACGGAGCUAUAAUGAUAAAAUUCGUCGGACUUAGAGCGAAGAUGUACGCGCUGAGAGUAGAGGGGAAAAAAGAUACGAAAAAGGCCAAAAGCGUCAAAAGUAGCGUCAUAGAGCGAACGAUAACCUUUAACGACUAUACACAAUGUUUGAGAGAUGAAGUCGAAAACAGUCGUCAACAAUCGUAUAUAAGAUCGAAAUUACACAAAGUCUACACAGUGUCUGAAACAAAAAUCGCUCUAAGUCCAUACAAUGACUAG